GGCAAACCCGGAUGAGUGACGUCAUUCGUAUAACUCGCCAUCUUUUGAGUUUCAUCUGUAUAUAAUCCGAAGGUGUGUGAAAACACCCCCAAUAAAUUCAUCAAAAUGGCUGCACAACCAACACAACCCACCCCAGCACCAACCAACAAGAGGUUACAACAGACUCAAGCACAAGUUGAUGAGGUGGUGGAUAUUAUGAGAGUAAAUGUUGACAAAGUUCUUGAGAGAGAUCAGGCACUAUCAGUCUUGGAUGACCGUGCAGAUGCCCUCCAGCAUGGAGCAUCACAGUUUGAGACGAAUGCUGGUAAACUCAAACGAAAGUACUGGUGGAAAAACUGCAAGAUGAUGAUCAUUCUAGCAGUUAUUAUUAUUGUCAUUUUAAUAAUUAUUAUCGUGUGGGCCACACAGGCUUAGAAGUUGCUAUCGUGCAAAGCACCAAAAAAUAAGUAAAACACCAACCAGUGGGGAGCCAGCAAUGCACCAUCAAAGAAAACAAAAUUAAGGAAAAAUCUCAAGUCAUCUUCCCCAGGCCAACUUGGACUCAUCAUUGCAGGGUCAAAGGUCAUCCAGAUCAUUUGUCAAAGGUGAAAGAUCUUUCACUGAACCCUGGAAGGCAAAUGCAGACAGGAGUCCCGUGAGAGGACUGCCUCUACUUUUCAUUAAGCUUCUUUUGGGUAAUCUAUUAUGAAAUGGUAGCCAGUGUAUUUCCACAGGAAUUACAUUUAUAUGUAAAAAAAGCUCAAAAUGUUUAGGGAAAACUAAUGUUUACCUCUCAGUUAUCUUUUGUUCAAAUCACUUUUCUGAAACAUGUUAUGUUCCAGUGCAGUACACAAAGAGACAAACUUAACAAAUCAAAAUAAAUCAGGCCAACCAUAAUGAAUAUGGUUUUAAAUGUCAUUAUUAUUGUUGUUAUUAAUCAUUCAUAUAAUUAUUGUAAGUGAUUACUAUUCAUUAUAAUUGAUAAUACUAUUGUUGAGAACAGUACAUAUUCAUUUAAAAAAGGGCUCAGAAAAUAGAGAAAAAGCAGUCUCCUUUUGAAACCUCUUAAAUCAUAAAUUUAUGCUUCCUAUUUGAAGCAGUUCACAUUUGGACUGAAAUCACAAAAUUAUUUCCAUUUCAUUCAAACUGGGACAAAUUAGGACAAACUUACAUUUUUACUCAUGCAAUCCAAGCCAACAUUACAAAUUACAUCUUGACUUUCAAGUACAUGUAAGUCCCACAUAUUGGCAAUUGGACUUGCGAUCAACUUCUGAGCGCUAAAUAUUCGGUCGUGGACACUUUUUCAGCUCAUCUGACUUUAAUACAGUAAGGACCUUUUUGUAAUAAACCAGUGAUGUGCUGGACGUUGCCAAAAGUGAGUAUGAAUUGUAGAAUUCAUUAGCAUACUGUUAACCAUCAAAGCUGAAAUCAACUCCUAGAUACAUGUACACAUUCAGGCCCUCUGCUGAGUGUCAGAAAGGAUUAAAUCACAUGGGUGUAUUAAACGUCUUUUCGAUUCUCAAUCGAAGAUCUUGCGGUUAUUUGGGCUAAAAUGAAGUCCUGGUGGGUGCUUCAUAAAGCUUUUCGUAAGUUGAGAGCGACUUUAAGAAGGACUGGUGAUCCUUUCUUACACGGCUACACGCUUAAUUAUUCACCAAAGAACAUUAAAUGGUGAAUAUCAUUUACAUGUACCACAAGAAAUGAUCGCCAGUCAUUGGUAAAGUCACUCUUUACUUCCAAACAGCUCCAUGAAACAGUUCCCUGGGCUAUUUUAUGCAUAUGAUUAGUAUCCCAUUCAUUGACUGUAUGCGCACAUACACUGCAAUGAAAAAUCAGCAAACAACAUUUUGAACCCUCAUGGGUGUUAAAUGUGGCAACUCUUUCGGACAAGAGGAAUGAAUGGUGUCCUAAAAUAACAAAAUAUGAAGAUCAAAUCAUCUAUUAAUAUGCAGAGAACAACUCAAUAUCACACCAUAAGUUAAACAAUGAUAUUACUGAAUUUUUUUAUAUACAUGUAGCAUUGAUAGCAAAGUGAUGUCCUCUGCUAUGAGUCUAGUUUAUAUAAGAAAUUUUGGGGUAUCAUUUUUAACUAGCUGAAAGUACAUAUUUUUCACACGUUGACAUUUAAGGUAGGUUUUUAUUUUUAUUUUACAUAACCUUCUGCCCUUCCAUAUUCAAAGCAUUUACAUCAAUUCUUUAUUUUCUGAGCCCUUUUUAAAUGAAAUUUAUUGUAAUUUGUAGAUUGUAGCGCAUAUAUUUGUAAUAAAUAAAUCAAUAAAAAAAGAAAAUGAAACAAAUUUGUGGUUAUAUUACAGCGAAAAAGAGAAAAUUUUUAGCUACGUUAUUCGGUGUAUAGCGGUUACAACUUGUUAUUUAGAAAAUACAUGUACAUGUUAUUUAAAUAAGAGAAGAGAAAUUUAAGCAUGUAUGUGAAAUGUAUGUAUAUAUUCUCCUAUAAAUCUGCAAUCCAAAUAACUAUAUGUAAAGUGUCUUUUGUUUUAGUAUAUUCAAUGUUAGAUUUGUAUCUUCAAGGAAAAGAAUAUUGUAUAAUAAGUGUUGAAUUCUCAACGCCACCCCUAUUAUAUAUUGGUGAAAAAAAUAUGUUUGAGUAAUUUUUAUUGCAUAAUUAUAUAGUAUGUGUUGCUGUAUGUAGCAAGUAUGCAAAUUAUUUAGUAUCGUGUAUUGUAGAUAGAUUAUUACCAUAUAAGUUGACUCUUUCAAGGAUUGUUUUGUUUAAAAGACUUCACACUUACACAAAAUCAUUAUACAUUCAUGGAUUUUCUUUCACUUUCUAUGAUCAAUGAGAAACGGUUUGUACGCCGGCUGUUUCUUUCCUUUAUGUAAUGCGUAAGUGCAAUAGAUGCAGAAUGGAAUGAAUGAAUAUUGAAACAAAAACCAAGGUAUUUUAAAGGCACUCAUUAGGAUGAAUAAGGCAUGUGCAUUUCUGCUUUGGCCAAUAUUCUAUUGGUAAAUGUAAGAAGAGCACAAUUUGCAAAUAAGCUUUGAUACCAAAUAUGUACAAUAUAUGGUCUUUAUUCCCCCCUCCCAUUUGUUAAAACUUUUAUAAAAUCUGAUUGCAUUGAAAAUGGCCCCAAUAUCCUUUUUUUUCUUAGAAUAUUUGUUCUAACAUUGCUAAGCAAAAUGACUUCUCUUUGCCCUCAAAUUAUUUUCACACAAUUUCUGUCAAUUCAGACUACAUUGUUGCACAAUCAUUUUUGAUAUAGAAUGGAAUUUGUAUUCACAUCUGUCGAUGCAGUCAGCACACUGAUAAGCUUUAGGCUGUGCAUAUAUAUAUAUAUAUAUAUAUAUAUAUAUAUAAGUGGUGAGUUUUGAUUAUGUAAAUUGAUUUUUACACCAAAAUGACCAUGCAAAGUUUACAAAAUACGAUUUUACCUGCACUUUGUGUUUUGAAGAAAUUCAUUUGGAACAAGUGUUGUUCGCUCUAGUGGUUCAGUCGACAUUCCAUUUCCUUGUAAAAUCCAUAAAGAUAAUAUUGCAUGCAACAAACAUCUAGGGAACAACACACCUUAAAGGAAACCAUGGAGUUAAUGUUGUGAAAUUUUGAAUUUCAUUAAUUUAAUUACUACCACAUCAAAUCUGAGGGAGUAUUUAUUAGAAAAUACUUGUCAUGAUUUUUUUUAUUCACAUUCAUUUAAUUACUCCCACAUCAUAUCUGAGGAAGUAUUUAUUAGAAAGUACAUGUGUCAAGUAUGGAUAAUCGAACAUUUAAUUAACAACUUCUCACGUUGCUGCCUGUAUGUAGGGAGAUGUACUGUUGAAAAUUUAAGGUAUUUAAUGAGAUGUGAUGUCAUCUAAAAUAAAACCAGCUGAAUGUGACUGGAAUAUGAUAAAAGAACACAUUAUUAAUUUUUGUUCAAAUAACAAGUAACGAGCGUAGAGGGCGUCAGAACUUGUAGUCUACACUGCUGGUGUUGCUGCCCUCUAUUUUUGUUGAUUAUAAACAUUCAUACAGGAAUUUGCCGUAUUGUCCAUCUGGUCUGAAUGAACCAUAAUUAUGGCAGUUAGUGGAAUACAGAGUCAUAUUGUCAUGGGCCACCCAUUCACAAAAUGGCAGUACUGUUGUACUUUCCAUCUGGUAUGAAUGAACCACUAUUUUCAUUGUAGUGGAGAUAGGUAGUCAUUGGCACUGGUUCGCAAAACCUUCAGAAUUAAAGUUAGCCUUCAUCACAUCUCAAUAUAUGGUAUGCAUGUAAUGAGCAAAUCAUUAUAGACACAAGUGAUAACUGACUGAAAGAAUACCCAAAUAAAAUUUAUGUAAAAUUUAAUUAGCGGUAGAUGUAAAAAAGUUCAUACUAACAUUCCAUCUCAAACUGUUGCUUUGUGUGAUAGAAAAUUUAGCAUUGCUUUAUUUUGUUUUCACUCAUGUAUAAAGGUAAGUAAUAAACAUGUAUACAUAUAUAUUGAACAUAAAAGAAUGAUAAUAUUCUAGAGGUAAAUAUAAGUUUGAAUUGGUGGAAAUUGUGUCAAGUUCUGUCCUUGGUUUGAUUUUGAGUUUUUCAUUGUUUAAUUUUGUUGCUCGAUGCUAGGAAUUUUGAUUUGAUAUUUCAAAGAGGUUUGGUUGUUUUGUUUUCCGUGUGACCCUUGGAUAUUGUAAUUUCAUCAAUUUAUAGGUCAGGUAAUGGUUUCGCUUUAUAAUGUUUUGUGUGUAGCAGACAUGCAGCUUACUAUUAAAAGAUAAAAGCCUACAUAAGGUUAAAGAUUACCCAUUAAAUAUAUCAGCAAACUAACAAAUAACUGUUUGAAAUUUAGUUGCUAUGGCAUACAGUACAUUAAUUGGAACUUAAUUAUAAAGUCCAUGCACUCUAUAAAUCCACAUAAAUGAUGAGUGUUACCAUAUGUUUUGUGAAUUCUGGCCAAGUUAUUGAAAUAAUUAAUUGAUAGCAUAAAUAAAAACAAUGUCACAUAUUCCUUGUACAUUCAGAUACUAUUUUUGGGGCUUUUUCUCAAAAAUUGAACAUCCAACUUUUACUCUCAUUGUAUGCUUUAUGCCUAAUAAAUAGAAAAGAUUUCACAAAAAUUAUUUGAUGAAUCUUGAAAAUACCGAAAAUAAGUGACACAAAAUAUCUUCUUUUGUGCUUAAGAUGAAAACAUAGCUCUUUUCAAUGAGUGUACAUGUAGGAAGUUCCAAAGUCUAAAAUCUAAUAAAAAUUUGUAUCCCCCUCCCAUUAUAUAAUUAAUAUUUCACUGAUGAAUGCUGAAACUGCCCUUGAUAUCUUAUCUUCCUUGUAAAAGAUACUAUGCUUGGAAAGUGACAUCUAAUUGAAAUAUUAAGCUUGUAUUGAGUUGUUUCCCUGGUAUUCAAUUUAGUAUUGUUGUAUCUUUAUAUCUUGAUGUACAAUAAAAGUAAAAGAUGAUAUAACUAUUAUAAAAACAACAGAUGUUUAAUGGGUAGCUUCCACAUUUGCAGUGAAAAAUUAUUUGUUCUAGAAAAGUCACCAUUCGUAUAAGUAACAAAAAAAUUAAAUGUAUAUUGUAUUUGUGUUACAUGUUAAUAAACAUGA